ACAUCAGUUGAAAUUAACAUCUAUCGCAAUAACAUUUUCAGCAGAUUUUAGUUGAAUAUAUACAGUAUUUAGAACGUUUACUAUUUUUUAGAUUGUCCCUAACAUUGCUGGAGCAAUCGAAUAAGUACUGGUACCAUUUCCUUGCAUUACAUAUUAUUCAAUAUUGGUUGGCAGUUCUGUUAGCAUACGUGACUGGAUCAAGACAUAAGUGGUCUUUAUUUUUUCUAGCAUAUGGCCAACAUCAUUUUACAUAAUGUGCAACAUUGUCAGGCAACUUGUAAUACUAAAUAUCACUGCCUAUAUGGAUAUUACUUCUUGGGAAUCUCGAGGGCCAGGCUAUCCAUUAUUUAUAAGAAAUCCAAAACUACGAUAAGCACCUGGAUUCAAAAUUACGAGACGGAAGGCAUACUUUCUCGCAAGCAACGCGAGCAGGUAUUCCGCAAAUUUAAAUCUGAGCAUAGGCACUGGAUCGUGGAACAGUACAUGGAAAACCCUGUUCUUUUUUUGAGCGAAUGUCGAGAUCUGUUUUAUAGCCACUUUUAUCGGACCAUAAGUGAAUCAAGUAUAUGCCGGAUUCUCCAUGCUGAAGGAUUAUCUUGGAAAACUCUGGAACGCCGAGCCAUUCAAGUGAAGGAAGAAGAGAUAUUUCGUUUCUGCGCAGAGAUGAAUGCUAUCGAUUGGGAUAUUUACCAUCUUGUAUUUUUAGAUGAAGUUUCUCUAGAUAGCAGAGAUAUGCUUAGAAACCGUGGAUAUGGAAUCAAGGGGAAAAAACUUAUAUUUCGGGGAGAAUUUGUAAGGCGGCCUCGGGUAUCUUUCCUUUGUUUUCUUGGGAUGGAGGGUAUGCUAGAUAGCUUCGAAACAGAAGGUACUUUCACAAGAAAAAUAUUCUUCGAAUGUUGCCAAUCCUUUGCUUUGAAUCACGAAGCAGUCCGUCGAUAUCUUGGAUUUAAUUCAAUAUGGAUUAUGGAUGGAGCACGAAUCCAUUGUGACCAACACAUAGUUAUGUAUCUGAGAUCAAUUGGAGUUUUACCUGUGUUUCUACCUCCAUAUUGCCCUUUUUUCAAUUCAAUUGAGAUAAUUUUCGGAAUAACAAAAAGAAACAUGAAAAAGCGUUAUGAAGAAAAUUCCAAUGAGAAUUUGUCACAUACUGCAAUAGCAACAUUUUUUGCCUAUUCCGGAUAUAAUUGCUCAAAGCUUUAUAAACAUUGUGGAUAUCUUCCUGGGGGUAUUUUCGAUCCUUCAAUUGGUCUAUCGCAAGACAUGACAGAACUAGGAUUUGAUUUGGAUACAGCUUAUGACUAAUUGUUGGUAUUUGUUUCACCCUAGUGGAACGGUACAUCUCAUGGAUAGUUUAUUAUUAACAGUUCAGAUAUAAAACUUACAAUGAAAAUAAAACAUCUCUUUUA